AUGAAGAAUUUCCACAACAAGGCCUUGAGGAAAAGGAAUUUGCAUGAAAAUCAGAAAGUGUGGCUUUAUAACUCUCACUUGAAACUAUUCCCUGGGAAAUUAAAGUCCAGAUGGAAUUGCCCCUAUGUUAUCACUGAAAUUUUUGAUUCAGGUGCAGUUCUCAUCAUAGAUCCAAAGACAAGACAUGAUUUCAAGGUCAAUGGACAGCAGUUGAAGCCUUAUCUUGAGGUAGAACCACCACUAACAAUUGUCUCCUUGAUUUUUCAGGAUAUACCUAAGGAUCAUUGUUGUGACUCAGUCGUUGUAUAUUAAAUCACGCAAAUAUAAAAUUUAUAAAACUAGAAAAUACGAUUUUUUGGAUAUUUAGAAGUAUAAAUAUAUCAAUUAUAAUUCAAUAAAAAUUCCAAAAAAUAUCGGUAAUUUUCCAGGUCAAUCACAGGGAUGUAAUAUAAUAUCUGGUAAUUAUUCAGAAUUUUUCUCAAUGAAUACGAUUUUCUUACAAAUUUUAUACUAGGAAAUAAAAAAGAAAUAUAUUUAAAAUUCACGAAAAAAAAGGAAAUAAGGGUGCGGGCGUCAUGAUGACGUCAGCGCCCGGCGAACGCGAAUCAGGCGGAAACAGAGUUCCGCCUGGUGAUUCUUACGUAAGCGAUUACGGACGAUUUAAUUGAUCAAAUUAAGAUCUGUAAAAGCCGAAAGAAUCGUAAUUGAACGAAGUAUAGUUUGGUAAAUUAAAAUCACACAAAGUAUCACUAAAUGAAGCGUAAAUUAAAUUGAAAGCAGUAAAACAGAGUUCUAAUGUCGCGACGGCGAUGCGUCGGUGAUGUACCGGAAUCUUGAGCAUUCGGGAGGAUCAUCGUGCAGUGUCUACGGCCUCGAAGGCUCUCCUUGGACAAAGAUGACGUGGGCAAUCUCUAGAUCUUCUCGCAAAGUCUAGAGAUCAAUGAAGUGGGUCGUCGAAUCAUCUCUGGCGGCUGUCACCCGGCGGAGAAGAAAAACAGCGACUUUGCGGCUCUCCGGCGGCUGUCACCCGACGGAGAGGAGCUGGAUGGAGGUGGGGCGCGUGUUAGGGAGCUUCAUCUUCAGGUCCGCACAGCAAGAGGAGGCUCUUCAUCGCAUCUGGUACGCUCUCAGGAGGUGGCGACUGGUCUCCCGGCGGAUCGUCCUCUUCUCGACGAUGGCUUGUUCGUCAAUCAAUCAGAGAUGA